AUGCAUGCAUUAGAAAUGUUUGCUGAAUGCUGUCUCAUCCAGUGUGAAGCAUUAAGUUUAAAUCCUUGUUCACUUUUUGUCUCUUCAAUCACAGCCCAACUGUCGUCUUGGUGUGAAGAUCUUGGGAGGCUCCUGCUCCUGAGGCACCAGCAGUCCAGAGAGGAAGGGGGAGACCUGUCUUCGUCUGGGACCAAGACAAACUCAGAUUCAAUGCACCAGCAGAUGCAGAAGAAUCUGCCUCCAGUGCCACACAGUGAUUCUGCAUGGCAGGGCCAGCCUCAGCAGCCUUCCCAGCAGUCUUUGAGUGUCGUCACCACUGUCUGGGGGGUGACACAAACCAGCGACGCAAAUAACAUGAUUAGUAACACAACGUUUAGAGGUCAAGGGGGUAACAUGAACGCUCAAUAUAACGGUCAGCAGCACCCCUUCUCAGCAGCAGCGGUAGGGCAGAGCAAGCCUUACAACAUGCAGGGGAUGCCAGGCUACCGAGGGCAGGGGGGCCCUUAUAGGGGCCAAAACAGCAUGCAACCUGGUAUGGGAGGACCUGGAUACCCCAACCAGCCCCACAACGUGCCCCCUCACAUGGGCCCGGGAGGGGGAGGACCCCACCCUGGUCCUCAGAAGCAGGCUGCACCAGGACAGUUCCCACAGCCAGCAGCCGCAGCCGCAGCGGCAGUCAUGGCAGCAGCAGCAGCGACGGUCAAUGCUGGCGCAACGGCAACGGCCACAGCGACGGCUACAGCCACGGUCUGCUUAAAAGAACAAGAGGACCAGCAACAAAUGGGAGACUACGGCAUGAGCGGCCAGCAGCAGCAGCAGGGAAUGUACCCUAGCCAGUACUACCAGCAUGGGGCGCCUCCCUCGAGCCCCAACCACCAUCCUCAUCUUAACCCACAGAUGAUGCAUACAGAGAUGAGACCGCAGCAGGAGUUUGUCAACCAGUACCCACCGGGAGGCAUGCAUCAGAUGGGGCCGAUGAUGGGCGGAGGGGGGCCGGGCAAGCACCCUAUGUAUGCUGGUCAGAUGGGGCCCAACAGGAGUAUGGCUGGUCCACAGCCCCAUCCUGCUUCCUACAACAAGAGGCCUUUCCCUGGACCCCAAGGAUAUAACCCGAAUCCCAUGAACCAGCAAGGGUACCAGAUGGGACCUCAGGGCCCUAUGCCCAUGAAACCUGGCCCCUACCCAGGUGGGCAUCCGGGCGGGCAUCCGGGCGGGCAUCCAGGCGGGCAUCCAGGGGGGCAUCCAGGCGGUCAUCCCGGCGGCCAUCCAGGCGGGCAUCCAGGUGGCCAUCCAGGCGGGCAUCCAGGGGGCCAUCCAGGUGGCCAGCCGGGAGGGCCCAUCCCAGGCCCGAUGCCUGGUCCCAUGCAAGGCCCCAUGAGAGGAGGCGGGUACAUCAACAAGCAGGGUAACCAAUUCUUCCCCCGGGGAGGCCCUCCACCACAGGGGCACAUGGGUUCCAUGCCAGCACCACAGGCAAUGCAGAAUAAUGCACAACAAAUCAACUUCCAGUCACCGAUGCCGGGUAACCCGACGCCGCCCCUCACACCGAGUCCCAACAUUCCCCCACCUUACAUGUCACCUACAGGGCCCGGUGACAUCAAACCUUUCCCUAGACCACCUGACAUGAAGACAGCAAGCGACGAGAUGUGCAUGACGUUCCCUGUACGAGAUGGUGUGGUGCUGGAACCGUUCAGGUUAGAGCACAAUCUAGCCGUCAGUAACCACGUCUUCCACCUCAGGCAGUCAGUCCAUCAAACCCUUAUGUGGAGAUCGGACUUGGAACUUCAAUUCAAGUGCUAUCACCAUGAAGACAGACAGAUGCACACAAACUGGCCGGCCUCUGUCCAGGUGUCGGUCAAUGCUAACCCACUGACCAUAGAGAGGGGCGACAACAAGACCUCUCACAAGCCCCUCUAUCUUAAAGGGGUGUGUCAACCAGGCAGGAACACUAUUCAAAUUACUGUCAGGGCUUGCUGCUGUUCUCAUCUAUUUGUUUUGCAAUUGGUGUACCGACCGACCGUCAAAUCAGUAUUACAACGACUACUCCGAAAGAGAUUGCUACCUGCCGAACACUGCAUAACAAAAAUCAAGAGGAAUUUCUCAAGCGUGGCAUCAUCGACGGGCGGACUGAGCGAGGAUGGGGUUGAGCAGACAGCGAUCAAGGUCUCACUAAAGUGUCCCAUCACGUACAAACGUAUUACCCUUCCUGCGAGAGGGCAUGACUGUAAACAUAUCCAGUGCUUUGAUCUGGAGUCCUACCUCCAGCUCAACUGUGAAAGGGGGUCAUGGAGGUGUCCUGUCUGCAACAAAACUGCAUUACUAGAAGGACUGGAGGUAGACCAGUUUAUGUGGGGGAUACUGACAGCGGUCCAGUCAGCCGAUUUUGAGGAGGUGACGAUAGAUGCUUCAGCGAGCUGGAAACCGGUCCCUAUAAAGAGUGAAUUCAAAGAGGAGGAACCAGACUCAUGCCACGCACCCAAGAGGCAUAAAGCUAUGUCACCAGGGAGCAUGACGAUGCCUAGCACGCACCAGUAUGAAGGUGGACCUAGUCCCUCACCGUACCCUCUACCUAACAUGUCAUCACCAGCUGAAUUCAAUGGAGCGAUGAGACCAAAUUCAAACGCCAAUCCCAACGUUGGGGGUCCCAACAACUUCCGAAACUUCCCUGGCUUAUCACCCCACGGUGCGGGCGGCGGGGGAGGAGGGGGUAGUGGAGGGGCACCAAACAUGACCCCCAACCCCAACAGCUUCAAUGGCCCUACCAUGAUGACAGACGAUAACAUCGCUACCACAGACAUGUACCCAGUGGAGAAACAGUUCAAUCAUGCAUUACCGCCCAUGGGUAUGAAUCAGCCCCACCCACCAGGCCAGCAGCCUCACAGACACCCCUCCCCGAUGCAGCAUCACCCCAGGAACAAUCCCACCGGUCCUGGUACCCCAACAUCAGCCUCCAUCGCCUCCCCACGCUCCAUGCAUACCAGCAACCCCAACCUGAGACCCCCGACACCAGGGGUACCGCCCCAUACACCUGGCAUGGGACCAAGUACACCGGGGGUGGGGCCUAUGACCCCCAACAUGAACCCCCAUACUCCCAACAACAUGAAUCCCCAUACCCCGAACAACAUCAACAUGAACCCCCAUACUCCAAACAAUAUGAACCCCCACACGCCUGGCAACAAUAUGAACCCGCACACGCCCGGCAACAAUAUGAACCCGCACACGCCUGGCAACAUGCCGCCGACGCCCAACAGCAUGGGCAAUACCACCUCUACCUCGAUGAUCCAACAACCCCACACGCCAGGGGCGUCGUCCAACCCACCUUCUCACCCCGGCAUGAACACCAUGAACAACAACCAGCGCUCCCACCAAUCCCCUAACCCUGGACCACCACCCAACACCUCAUCGACCAAUCAACUUCCAGCAUUACUUGGCCAUGGUCCAAUGAGUGGGAACCCCACGACCAACGGGGGUGUAGUGGGGCUGGACUCUCACUCCAGAAAUAACAGCAUAUCAAACAAUCAGGUCAACAAUGCCAGUCAUAAUUUAGACUUUGACCCAGCGGCCGUUAUAGAUGGGGGAGGAGAGGGCCAGGAAGGCUUAGAUUUACUAUCGGACAACAUGGUAGACGUGGACAUUCUCUCGAUACUUGGCCAAAGCGACAAUUCAGCCGCAAACAACGACAGCGACGAACUCCUUUCAUUAUUUGACUCGUGAGAGUAAGACUAUACAAACUUUUUUGUGAAAGAAAGAGACUCCAAGACGCGAGACAGAUAAUGAUUAGAUGUUAUUGAAAUCGGUGCUAGACAAACCCAAAGGAGGUUUGCGACUCCAAGACAAGUCGAGGAGAGAUUUCACAGAGAUAGGGUUUGCAAUCGACGACUUGCGUGAGGUUGAGUUAGCUUGAUGUUGUCAUGGUAACAGACACUGCUCAUCGUCCCAAGGCUGAGGCGGCUUCCGAUGGUUGUGACGGGAAAGGGCAGUACAACGAUGGACGACGGCUUUUUGCAAGACUGCAUGGAGAGAACUUGAUAAAGAGGAAUUGACAUGUGAAGUUUCUCGUUUAGUUUGGAUGAGAAUAUUAAGCUGCCGAAGAAGUGCUGCAGAGCGGCACGCCCGCCCGAUGAACAACCCUUUUAGGAGGGAGGAGAUGAUUGCUGCCUGUCCACUUAACACAGAUUCGAUCACAUCUCUGUGCUUCACUACCUGCCUGGUAGAUCAGAGUUUCUAUCUGAAGGAAACAGAAAUAAUAGGCUUCAAGUUUGCCUGUGGUUAAGAGCCAAGAUUGACCAGCAGAUUAUAAAAGAACGGUGCAUGAUGCUCACAGUUCAGGAGGCCCAAAUGAUGAAGCUAAUCUGGAUCAUUUUCAUCUCUAUUUAGCCAAUUCUUAAUUCAGCUUGAGGGUCUAACACAUCAUGCAAACAAGCAAGCAGAAGCUUGAAGAUAAAAAAGGGGAUUCAUUCAAUUUUCUUAUGACAUGGGCACCUGUUCGAUGCAGGGUGUUAAAGGCCUCCAAGAGUUAAAGAACAGAACAUCAUAUGAUUUUGCAGACAUCAAUUCAUCUGUCGAGUCGACUCGAGUGUAGAUCAAAAGUUGGUUGACGUCUUUGAAAUAUAAGUGGGUGUGAUGCCCUUGGUUCAGGUUUCUGAAAAGGCAGUACGUCUAAAAGGCAGUAUGUCUAUACAGAUGUAGUGGUGAUAGUGUGAGAGAAUUUUGAAAUCAACAGGUGGAAAUUAACUGAGAACACUUCCGAAGGCAUCACCGUUUGUUGAUGGGUUGGCAGAAAUCGAUCAUCAUUAGCAUGGAUGGAUUUAAAGCUAUCUCCCUUGCCUUCCUAGGGGUACAGGCAUCAAAUCAUGUCGGUUGUAAGGAAGAAAAUACAACAAUUCCAAACAGGCAGCAAACUCCCUCUUCAAAUUUUUGUUAACCUGAACUUGUUUUCUUAUCUCUGCAUUUUUCCUUCUACCUGUAAAUACUCAAUAAAAAUACCUUGAGUUUGUGAACUCAUUUCAUGAUGUUUGCGCGAAGCAAUCAAAGCAACUCGCAAGUUUUGUAUAAAAGAAAGAUAUCACACAACUGUGUGAGUUUAAAGGACAGAUUUUAGUCGUCUUUUUUGUUAAUGUGAAAGGUUGAAUCGCUAACUUAUUACUGUUUGUGCUUUUGUUGUAAUUUAUUUCUUGUAAAGUGUAAAUUUUUUGAAAAGGUUAAUUAUUCGGGGUUUUCAGAGGAAGAGUUAUAUUUUGAUGAUACAAGAUGAAAAUCUGUGCUUCGUGCUACUUAUUAAACCAUCCCCCUCAUUGCCGGCCGCUAUGUGAUAUUUGUUCAUAAAAUUCAGACUCGUCGAUGAAUACUGCAGAAGUCAUCGGACAAUACAGCCAAAGUAAACAGUAUUCAAAGCCUGAAAAAAAAACUGUUACCUGACAAGACAUGUUUACGAGCCAGAUUGUCCUCGGCUAACCAGGACCAUAAGUCAUUACUAGGACCAUCAGUCAUAUUCUCUACAUUAUUGUGCCUGGAAGGAAGCUCAUUAUUUUUGUGUGUGUUUUGCUUUUAUUCUUAUGGAUAUUUUUGUAGCAUUUUCUGUUAUUGAGACACAAGUGACCACCUAUAGAGGAGAUGGGAAAAUGUAAAAACAAAACAGCAGCCUUAUCCAACAAAAUUCCAUGUUCUAGCCUUAGAAGCAUUCCUAAUCGACUGUUUUUGUGCUGUGGGCAGGUUCCUUGUGCCCAAAAUGUAGUGAGUUUUCAUACUCUGGACUAUUAAAGCUAGUACGUUUUGUUCCAUAAUUUUGAGCAGUGCCAUGAGUAGUGCGUGCCCAGUGCUUGAAGAAAAUGAAUGAUAUUAUAUGAGUACCUUUUGCUCUUACAUAAAAGUCUGAUAUACUUAUGGCUUUUGGGAGGAGGGGGUCAAAGGUCAGACAAGUUGGGCCAUUGUAUGCAGCUGUUACGAUAUUGUAGUUUGAUAAGUUGUCACCACUUAAUGUAUUAUAAAGUAAAGCAACUUUAUCUUCUUUGCAUGAAGAAAUUAACUUUUAGCCAAUGAUAAUCAUUCAUCUUGGUUGUUACCAAACAUUACGUUCCCCUUCCCGUCCAGUGAGCUUACUCUGUCUUGGGCAAUUCUCUAGCGCCUAAUUUUGCCUGGAGUUCAGUUUGCUUAAAACUCUGCCAUAUGUCGUCACAUACCCGGACACCCCCCUCCCCCAACACCAUUGCAUCUUUUUCAUCUUUUAAUGGACAAUAACAUAUGGUGAAGAUUUGUAUGUUUGGCUGUUAAAGUCUGUUUAACGAAAUUUGAUUUUGAACCUAGAAAUUAUUUGUCUUUUGAUCGGUUCAUUAUUUCAUUCCCAGUGACAUGUAUUGUAGAAUAUUUAUUGCCAAAAGGAAUUCUGAUAAUCUCAAGCUUUUUUGAAUAUGCUUAAGAAAUAUGUUUUAAAUUGUUUAGAAUGAGAGAGAGAAAGAGAGAGAGAGAGGGAGAGAGUAAAUAUGUGAGAGAUGAAGCAAGAGAAAUACAAUAUUAUUGGUUUAGCAAGGGAGGAAAGUGUUUUAAAAGAAAGACUAUUUUGAGGACCUUUUUAGGGGAGCAUUUUUGUCAUGCUCAUGUUUUGUAUAAUGUAAAUACUUGGCUGUUUGGGAGAAUCUCCGUAUAUUUAUGCAGUAAUACUGGUUGUUGUUGAUAAAUUAUAUUUGAAAUACUUCAUUUUCAGGUGUUGUGACAAGGGAAAGGAUAUUUUUUGUUAAUGUCUCUCGCUUUCCUAGACCUUAAACUUUCUGGGACUAUCGGUUGUGACAAAAUAAUUUUCAUUCGUCGGAACGGCGAUACUCUAAUAAUAAACACAUGUAUUCAGCAUUGUAAUUACCAGACCCUAAGUUAUUUUUUCUCUUCUGUAAAACCUUUUUUUAUUAAACAAAUGUUUCUGGUUUUGUAAGUACAUGUAUUUUUGUUUAUAUGUAUUGCCCUUUUUGUUUUUGUUUUUUCAUGUUUACAACACGAGAGAAGAAAAAAAAUGAUUGUCUUUCCUCCAAAGUUCAAAUGAUGUCUUUGUACAUAGGUAUUUCUGAAACACAAGGAUGGGUUUAGUCUUCUUUUUUUUAGUGUAUAAAAGAAAAACUGUCUUUUCUUAGCUGGAGACAAACUAUAUGCAUGUAACCUAGGUGCUUUCUUAUGUAUAGUUGGUAACAAAGGGGUUUCACAGACAGGAUUAAGGGCAGUUUAGUCACCUACGGACGUCGUGACGAUGCAAAGUGCCAAAUAGAUUUUCAGGAAGCGACCAACACAAAGAACAAAGACUGUUUCUACAAAUGUUUAAAAUGCUUUUUUGGGGCAACAAGUGUAGAAUUAUCCUCAUUUUCCCAACAAGUGACAAGAGUCAAGAUUUCUUACCGAUUUAAUGAAGAUCAAAAGCAUGAUAAAAGCAUAAAUCUAUUUUUGAGAUUAUGUCUUGUUUUAAUAUGCUUAUUUUUAUAGUCUUGUCCUGUAGUAUCCAUAAUGUGAUGAUUGUGCACUGCUUUUAUUUUUAAUUCAUAGUUGUUUCUUUUCACAUUUUUCAUCACUUUCGAGUCAAAAUGGGUCCUAUGAACAUUCCAUCUCUGAUCGAUUACUUAUUGAGCUUAAUUUAAUGAUUUUUCAUAUGAUUUUUCAAUUGACUGUCUUUAUAUCUCAUUUUAAAUUGUCUGUUUUCUCUCAAAUAUCCUGCAAAGUACUUUUAUCAUUUUCAGACUCUAAAGACAACAAAAUUAAAAUUCCAAAUUCUUUAAUUUGUUUUUAAUAUCUUGCUUUCUAAGAACAAUUCAUCAUAGACUUGACAUAAGUGCUUUCUAAUUUGACUUGAAAGUAAAGGAGAUUUGCUAUGCAAGGUAUAUUUGACCCCAACUUCUGUGAAAUUUCAGAAUGUAUUAACGAAUGUAAUAUAAAACCUUUUGGUAAUUUGUUUUCCCUUGAUAUAUGCAUCAAAAGAAUCUCCAUUUCUCAUUUAUUUGAAAAUUAUAAAUUCUUUGCCUUUGGUACCCUACAUUUUCAAGUUGUUUAUCCUUUUAAAAAGUGAUAGCUACCAACUUGGACUGCCCCAUUUUGAAUGAACCUUUAUUUUUCCACUUUUAGUAUUUCAAAAAAGUGAAACCCUGUCCGCGAUGUGAUUUUGUUUCUUUCUUUUCUUCAUGCAAUAUUGAAUUGCACGGCACCUUGAGUCAGAUCGUUAACGGCCUUUAAGGCUUACAAGUAUAUUGUUGAAAUAAAAAUAUUUGAGCUAAUCUUUAUUGAUGUUUUAUAAAAGAUUACCUUUCAAACCUAGGAGGGGGUGUUGUCAGGUGCUAACAUCUGAUAUUCCUUAACAUACAGUGUGGUUAAAGGGAGACUAUCAUAGAAAUUUAACAUUCAGAAGGAAGUGCAAAAAAUAGAAAAUCAAUGGGCGAGAGAAAGUGUUAUUUUGUAGCAGAACUCCCACAAUGCUCCAGGUUGUUGCUACUACAGAUCGAAUAUAAUCUUUGUGAUUUCCAUGAGGAAAUUAUAUUAGUAUCCUGUUCUUCUAGCAUUGUUUGUUAAUGUGUAAUAACACCUUUAAACAUUGCACUUCUUUUGAGUUUAAAGAUAAAUGUCUCUACUUGUCGGAGCUAAUUAUUAUGAAACAUGUUUCCCCAAGAGUUGUAUGCUUUGGCUCUUUACAUUUCAUUACGUGAUAUGUGACAAUGUUAAUGUUUGACCGGACUAGACUAUCACAUCUUAAAUGCACAUUGUGUCUGUAUAUACGUCUACUUUAAUGUCAAAUCUUUAUUUCAGAUGUGGCAGGAAAACAUACAAGUGCAAACAAUUAGUUCAUUUCAAACAUUGUUUGUUCUUGUAUGUUUUUGUCUCUGACCAGGAAUCAGUAUUUUGAAGCAAUACCAGCUCCACAAUAACCUCUCAAUUUUUAAAGAAAUUAAAUUUAAGCAAUUUCAAAUGAUUGAAUGAUUCAAAGGCGCCAAGAUGAAAUGAUAAUUCUUCAAAAUGAAGAGAUUGUGAUAUACUUUUUUUGUGAAAUAAUGAAAUAUUGGCAGGUGAGAGGGUUUCAGGUGGAUGAAGGGCUAUUUCUCGUCUUAUUUAUGUACAGAUGUGAAAAAAAGAAGAAAAAAAGGUAGUUUGUAGAAGGAAUGCGGAAUGCGUUCUCUUGUUGCCAUUCAAUAUUUAUCUAAUAAACGAAAAUACAUUGAAA